AUGGCCCGGCUGGGCGCGCUGCUCCUGGCCGCCGCCCUGGGCGCGCUGCUCAGCUUCGCCCUGCUGGCGGCCGCGGUAGCCAGUGACUACUGGUACCUCCUGGAGGUGGCGGCCGGCGGCAACCACACGGGGCCCGGGCCGCUGUCCUCGCACUCGGGGCUCUGGCGCAUCUGCGAAGGGCAGAGCAGCUGCGACCCCCUGAUCGACCCCUUUGCCAGCGAGGGCCUGGACGCCUCCACCUCGGUGCAGCGCCUCCUCGCGCUGCACCGGGCCGUCACGGUGGUCCUGCCCCUGAGCCUCGUCCUCGUCGUGUGCGGCUGGGUCUGCGGCCUCCUCGGCUCCCUGGCCCGGAGUGUCCCUUUGCUGCUCUUUACCGGCUGCUACUUCUUGUUCGGGGGUGCCCUGACCCUGGCGGGGGUCAGCAUCUACAUCAGCUACUCGCACCUGGCCUUCGCCGAGACCACCCGGCAGUACGGCCCCCAGCACGUGCGGGACGUUGGCGUCAGCUUCGGCUGGUCCCUGGCGCUGGCCUGGGGUUCCUGCGUCUCUGAGGGCUUCAGCGGGGCCCUCCUGCUGGCCGCCGCCGGAGCCCUCCGCCGGGGCCACCGGCAGCCUGGCGCCCCCCACUCUGUGGUCACCUGA